UCCUGUCUCCCCACCCCCAGUCCGUAUGAGGUGGAUUUAGGAAGAAAGGAACCAAAACCUGGGACGCGGAGAUAACGAGAGACACCAAUAAAGAGAGAUACAUUUGGAGAUCCGCGCGCGGCGGUGUCGCGCACGGAUUAUUAUAGGGUAUUUACUUUUUCUUUCACAGACUCACCGAGAUUCUAGCUCGGAGCGUCUGAUCUUGGGGAAAGGAAUACAAACGUACAGGGAAUAAUAGAGGUAUUUUAUACUCGCUCCCUCCAAUAACAAGUGACUGCUCUGCUGCUCAACAAAGUGGAAUAUAGCGGUUUUUUCACCGUCGGGAAUGUGAAGUAACAGUUUUUUCUCCGGGAAUACGACCUCUCAUCCACAACGAAUUUGGAUUUUAAAAUCUGCCGCAGUAAACCAACUAGGGGGUAGUCUCAGAAAUACUUUUCUCACGCCGUAAAAAGUGCCAAACCGUCCUGCGUGAAGACCCCAACCUUCCCUGCGCAGUCGGGGCCUCGGCUCUCCAGCCAGGUCAAAGAUCAGUCCCACCCUACCCCUCCCUGCCCCCCCCCCUUUCCCUACUGGAGCCAAGAUGGCCACAAGCGGUGCCCCUCGCCUCUCCUUGCCACUCCUGCUGCCUGUCACCACUCUGCUGCUAUCACUGCUGCUCACCGGCUCCCACGCCUCAUUAUCGCCACGGUUCACUAAAGUUCCCGUAGACCAGAUUGGCGUCUCAGGGGGCGUGGUCUCCUUUGUGUGCCAGGCAACGGGGGACCCCAAACCAAGGGUUAGCUGGAACAAGAAAGGCAAGAAGGUCAACUCCCAGCGUAUAGAGACCAUUGAGUUUGACGAGGGUGCCGGCGCCGUACUCAGAAUCCAGCCUCUCAGAGCACCGCGGGAUGAGAACAUCUAUGAGUGCGUUGCUGAGAACACCGAGGGCGAGAUUACUGUCAAUGCCAAGCUGUCCAUCAUCCGAGAGGACCUACUCCCACCAGGCUUCCCUAACAUUGACAUGGGUCCUCAACUUAAAGUGGUGGAGCGCACUCGAACAGCCACCAUGCUCUGUGCUGCCAGUGGCAACCCUGACCCCGAAAUCACCUGGUACAAAGACUUCCUACCCAUUGACCCAAGUGCGAGUAAUGGGCGAAUCAAACAGCUGAGAUCAGAAUCCUUUGAGGGUACCCCGAUUCGAGGUGCCUUGCAGAUCGAGAACAGCGAGGAGACCGACCAGGGGAAGUACGAGUGCGUGGCGUCUAAUAUGGAAGGCGUGCGCUACUCGGCCCCUGCCAACCUUUAUGUGCGAGAGCUUCGAGAAGUCCGGCGGGUUCCUCCUCGCUUCUCCAUUCCACCAACGAGUCAGGAAAUUAUGCCAGGUGGCAGUGUGAACAUAACAUGUGUGGCGGUAGGGUCGCCCAUGCCUUACGUCAAGUGGAUGCUGAACACAGAGGAUUUGACACCGGAGGACGAGAUGCCAGUGGGCAGGAAUGUUCUCGAACUGAGCAGCGUCCGUGAGUCAGCCAACUACACCUGCGUGGCUAUGAGCAGCCUCGGCAUCAUUGAAGCUGUGGCGCAGAUCACUGUCAAAUCUCUUCCCAAGCCUCCAGGUACCCCCGUGGUUACUGAAACCACUGCCACCAGUGUGACCAUCACCUGGGACUCAGGCAACCCAGACCCAGUGACUUACUAUAUCAUCCAGUAUAGGGCCAAGUCCCCAGACAGCAAGUAUGAGACUGUGGACGACAUCACCACUACACGUUACAGCAUUGGUGGCCUCUAUCCCAACACAGAGUAUGAAAUCCGUGUCUCGGCUGUCAACACAAUCGGCCAGGGUCCUCCCAGUGAGCCAGUAGAAACUCGGACUGGCGAACAGGCCCCUGCCAGUCCCCCACGGAACAUCCAGGCACAGAUUAUAUCCCAAAACACCAUGAUGGUUCGCUGGGAAGAGCCUGAGGAGCCCAAUGGGCAGAUCAAGGGCUAUCGCGUUUAUUACACAAUGGACGACUCCCAACCCAUGAGCCUUUGGCAGAUCCACAAUGUCCAGGACAGCGUUCUCACCACUAUCCAGAGUCUGGUUCCUCAAGAGACAUACACAAUAAAAGUCCUAGCAUUCACUUCUGUAGGAGACGGACCCUUCUCGGAGCCCAUCCAUGUCAAAGUACUGCAAGGAGUUCCAGGUCAACCAUCCAAAUUUCAGGUUGGUGCUGUGUCCGAUACCAGCAUUGAACUAACCUGGGAAGCAGCCUAUGAGAAAGAAGGAAUUGUAAACUAUGAACUUCGCUACAGGGAAGGCCGCUUUGGGACCCAGAUGAAGAAAACAUUUGGGCCCGCAUCUUCAUAUGUUGUGGGAAAUCUCCGCCCAAACACUGAGUACCACUUCUCCAUGGCAGCCAUCUCUAACAAAGGCAUUGGAGCCUUCACCAAUGAAAUAACACAGAAGACCUUGCAAGCCAAGCCCUCAGCCCCCCCUCAAGAAAUUAAGUGCAGCAGCACCAGCUCCACCACCCUGCUGGUAAGUUGGCGCCCCCCGCCUUUGAAGAGUCAGAACGGUGACCUGACGAGGUAUAGGGUGCGCUACCAGGUGGUGGGCACGUCAGAAGGUGGCAGUGAGGAUGGGGAGCCCCUGGAGGAGCCCACAGUCCCUGCCACGGACGAGCAGGUGCUGCUGCAGCGAUUGGAGAAGUGGACCCAGUACCGCAUCACUGUGUCUGCCUUCACUGAGAUCGGCCCAGGCCCUGAGAGCGAGCCCCUGAUCUGCCGCACAGACGAAGACGUUCCUGGGGCUCCUCCAAGGCGAGUGGAGGUUGAGGUCCUCAACUCCACAGCACUAAAGGUGAUGUGGCGCUCCCUGACGCCAGGCAAGCAGCACGGUCAGAUCCGUGGCUACCAGGUUCACUAUGUCCGUGUGGAAAAUGGCGAGUCACGGGGGCUGCCCCUCAUCAAGGAUGUCAUGCUGGCCGAUGCCCAGGAAAUGGGCAUUGGAGGACUCAAGCCAGACACCACUUACUCCAUCACGGUGGCAGCUUACACCACCAAGGGGGAUGGAGCCCGGAGCAAACCAAAACUGGUGGUGACCAAAGGCGCAGUGCCUGGUCGGCCCUAUCUGUCAGUGGCUCAGGACUCCGAGUCAUCAGCUGUGGUUCGCUGGGACCCUCCAGCUCUCACUCAUGGCAUAGACCUGCAUGGUUACCGGCUCCAGUUUGGCCGGAAAGAUGUCAGUCCUUUGGCCACACUGGAAUUUGCUCCCCAAGAACGACAGUACUCUGUGGGCAACAUUCACCGGGGGGCCACCUAUCUCUUUAAAGUCUCAGCUAAGAGCAGGGGGGGCUUCGGAGACGAGGCUUUGGUAGAACUUAAUGUGCCUGAGAAUACGCCAGGGGGAUACCCUCAAAUUGAAGAGCGCUCCAAUGUGACAUGCUGCUCUGUGCAGCUGUCCUGGUCUCCCCCUGUGCUGGCGGAGAGAAAUGGGGUUAUCACCGAGUACACUUUGGCUUUUAAGGAAACUGGUACCGGAGGAGCGCCACAGGAGCUCCACUUGCCCCCCAGCCAGUCCAGCUAUGUUCUCAACAGCCUCAAACCGAACUCAGCAUACGAUGUGAAAAUACGUGCACACACCAGUGUAGGCCCAGGGCCCUACAGCCCGCCUAUCCAGUAUCGGACGGUGACCUUUGACGCAACAGACGUUCCACAGAAUUUCACUGUAAAGUGGGCCACCAAGACUACAGUGGUCAUUGCAUGGAAGUUUUCUGAAAGCAGGUCUCCUUACAAAUGCACGAUUGAGUACAACCGACAGAAGAUGGAUGUGGAUGCCAGGCAGAUGAGGGUGCUCGUCACCGGGCUAAAGCACAACACCACUUAUGAGUUCAGGGUGACCUGCCAAGAAAGCGCGGAUGGUGGGCAAAAACACCGUGUGUAUGCCAAGACCGCGCCACUCAUACUGGUCAAGAAACCCAAGCUGGACAUCUAUGCUGAGCCUGACAACAUGCUCACCAUGUCCUUCCCACCAAUUGAAACCAAGGAGGUCAAGACCUUCUAUGUGGUUGUGGUGCCACUUAAGAGGACCUCAGGAACUGUCAAAAACCUGAAGAACCCCGAUGAGAUGGACAUGGAAGAGCUGUUGCGGGAGGUGAUUCCAAAGCGGCGCUCGCGGCGUCAGCUGCCUCAGCUGGACCAGAGGAAGCCCUACAUCACAGCCUGCUUCAGGCAGCUGCCGCCCAGCUUCACGGUGGGAUCUGACUAUCGCCACAGCAGCUGUGAGAACAAGCCUCUUGAACCUGGCCAGGAGUAUGUCUUCUUCCUGCUGGCUGAACUCAAUGCCACCGUUGGGAAAAUGUUUGCCACCAGCCCUUAUACGGACACAGUGAUGACCCCUGCGCUGGUGGUGGACCCCCUGACAAUAGAGACUGGGGACGGACUUAUAUGGGUGGUGGGCCCAGUCCUCGCUGUGGUCUUCAUCAUCUGCAUCGUCAUUGCCAUUCUCCUUUAUAAAAACAAGCCUGACAGCCGCAAAAGAAAAGAGUCAGAGCCGCGCACAAAAUGUCUCCUGAACAACGCGGACAUUACACCCCACCACCCUACAGACCCUGUGGAGAUGAGACGCAUCAACUUCCAAACUCCAGAUUCUGGUCUAAGCAGUCCUCACAGUGAAGCAGAUUUUGACUAUGAAAGUAUGAUGAGUCAUCCUCCCAUCCCUAUCUCAGAGCUGGCUGAACACACAGAAGUUCUCAAGGCCAACGACAACCUCAAGCUCUCCCAGGAAUAUGAGUCUAUCGAUCCAGGCCAGCAGUUCACCUGGGAACAUUCCAACCUGGAGGUGAACAAGCCCAAAAAUCGCUACGCCAACGUCAUCGCCUACGACCACUCCCGCGUCAUCCUGGCCCCCAUCGACGGUAUCACAGGGAGCGACUAUAUCAAUUCCAACUACAUUGAUGGCUACAGGAAGCAGAACGCCUACAUCGCCACCCAGGGUCCUUUGCCAGAGACGUUCGGGGACUUCUGGAGGAUGGUGUGGGAGCAGAGAGCCGCCACUGUGGUCAUGAUGACCCGGCUGGAGGAGAAGUCACGGAUUAAGUGUGACCAGUACUGGCCCAGUCGUGCCACAGAGACCUAUGGUAUGACCCAAGUCACCCUGUUGGACACCAUAGAGUUGGCCACUUUCUGUGUCCGCACUUUCUCCUUGCACAAGAAUGGCUCGAGUGAGAAGCGGGAGGUUCGUCAGUUCCAGUUCACGGCGUGGCCUGACCACGGAGUACCAGAGUACCCCACCCCCUUCCUCGCCUUCCUCCGCAGAGUGAAGACCUGCAACCCGCCUGACGCAGGACCCAUCAUCGCUCACUGCAGUGCGGGUGUUGGCCGAACAGGUUGCUUUAUUGUUAUCGAUGCCAUGCUUGAACGUAUCAAGCACGAGAAGACGGUCGACAUUUACGGCCAUGUGACGCUGAUGCGCUCGCAGCGGAACUACAUGGUGCAGACGGAGGAUCAGUACAGCUUCAUUCACGACGCUCUGCUGGAGGCGGUCGCCUGCGGCAACACUGAAGUGGCUGCCCGGAGCCUUUACUCCUACAUCCAGAAGCUGGCCCAGGUGGAGAGCGGCGAGCACGUCACUGGCAUGGAGCUUGAGUUCAAGCGUUUGGCCAACUCCAAAGCCCACACGUCGCGCUUCAUCAGUGCCAACCUUCCCUGUAACAAGUUCAAGAAUCGGCUGGUGAACAUCAUGCCCUAUGAGACCACGCGCGUCUGCCUUCAGCCAAUCAGAGGCCUGGAAGGAUCUGACUACAUCAAUUCCAGCUUCAUCGAUGGAUACAGGCAACAGAAGGCAUACAUCGCCACGCAGGGCCCUCUGGCAGAGACUACAGAAGACUUCUGGAGAAUGCUCUGGGAGAACAACUCUACUAUCGUAGUCAUGUUGACCAAACUGAGAGAGAUGGGACGGGAAAAGUGUCACCAGUACUGGCCCGCAGAGCGCUCUGCCAGGUACCAAUACUUCGUGGUCGAUCCCAUGGCAGAGUACAACAUGCCCCAGUACAUCCUCCGAGAGUUCAAGGUCACAGACGCAAGGGAUGGUCAGUCCAGGACAGUAAGGCAGUUCCAGUUUACUGAUUGGCCGGAACAAGGCGUGCCCAAAUCCGGAGAGGGAUUCAUUGAUUUUAUUGGCCAGGUGCAUAAAACCAAGGAGCAGUUUGGACAGGAUGGACCCAUCUCUGUUCACUGCAGUGCUGGCGUGGGCAGGACUGGAGUCUUCAUCACCCUCAGCAUCGUCCUUGAGAGAAUGCGCUAUGAAGGCGUGGUUGAUAUCUUCCAGACAGUGAAGAUGCUCCGGACACAGAGGCCAGCCAUGGUCCAGACUGAGGAUGAGUACCAAUUCUGCUAUCACGCAGCUCUGGAGUACUUAGGAAGCUUUGAUCACUAUGCAACGUAAAAGCCAUCUCGACCCCCCAGAAUCCUGUCGCCCCCACUCAACAGUCUCCUGAGCCAUAGAAACUUUUGAAAUUUGAAAAGAUGACAGCAGACGACAACAACACCAUAACUAAUUCAGACACACUUGAUCCUAAUGUAGAUUUUUAGAAGAGGCUGCCCAACCAACCAGUUGAGAAUAAUUCCAAUUCGACUAAAGAAACCUUUUGUGAAGAAUCAAGGGAAAAUUGCCCAUCAUCAAGAAAAGGAAAAUCGGAAGAAAAACCAGGUGCUGUGGCUCAAGCUGUGGGGAGGGAUUUGAUCAAAGUGUCAGACUGCUUACCUUACCUCAAGUGUUUCAAUGUGGAGGAUAUUGUAAACAUUGGUGGACAUUUCUCUUCUCAAAAAUAUUCAACGGUACCAAGCAUCAGUUCAGAAGAAGAAGAAGGCAACAGCAAAAAUCUAUGAAAGGCAGAUGGAUGUAGCCAAGAUGGGGUGACUUUCUCGUUUUGUUUUUUUUUAGACAUACCUGGGUGUCCAAAUUGUAUUUCUAUCAAUACAUUUUGUGAGUGACAUCCAGAGAAAAUACAUAUUGUGGUUGCCUGUGUGAACACAAAUGGUUUUCUCCAAACUCCGUUAAGACAAAAAAAUAUAAACAGUGGAAAUGUCACUAGCAAUGAGAACAUUCCCAUUUAGCAACGAUCAACUUAACCAUGAGUUUUUAUACACUCAACUAUUAAAGAAUACAUCAAAUAUCUCUGUUCUUAAGAGCUAGGAGUAGGCACUGUCAGUCGUUAUGGGGAAGUAAGCAGCAACAAAUACCGUAAAAUCAGCUAGUUUCAUGAAUUGAGAAUUUGUGUAAAACCAGUAUCCCGCGCCAGGUAACCAUAGUGAUGUUCAAAAGAAUCCCAGUGUAUUUAAAAGUCCCCCAGGAGGCUCGUGUCUCAAUCACCAGAGAACUCGGGGGGGGGGGGCUGUUGCUACACACUGUGGCUGGGUCACGGUGGGAGAAAUGGCGAACGUGUACCAUGGUUUUUUUACAAUCACUCCACUCUUUGGAACCAUUGCCUCAUGGGGCUUCAGUGUUCAAAUCCACCAUUUUGAACGAGAGAUAAAUCUGCUGGGCGAGAAGCUUUGGAACAAACAGAACAACCAAACAAGGAUUGCCACAGAUUCUGGGCUUUCUUUGUGUACAGUGACCAAUGCUCAUCAUCAAUAUUUCAAACUUUUUUUGUCUUAUGAGGAAUUAACUUUUUCUGUCAGAACCAAACAUGCUGCUUAUCUCGUGUAUGCUGUAAGUGUGACUCUUGAGGGAGAGGAAACUGACGAACAAACGAUGCCAGCUCUGCUAACCGCUAGCAUCGAGGCGGGCAUGCCUGAAAGCGCAUCCACACGACAACAUCGUCCACUGGUCUUUUCCACCUCUCCUUUUUCUUUCCCCCAGCCUCCUCUAUAAUCAUCUAUUUCAUUGUAUAAGACACUCAAGAGUGGCUGAGGCCUGUUGCAAUUACACAGCUGUGCGUUCAUGUGGUUGACAAAAAAUUGGCCUUUAGUUCCAGUGUGUGUGUGUGUUUGGUAACAGGUGGAUAAACAAAGUAGUUGCUUUGGUUUUGGUCCUCUGUUUUAUAGACGAUGUCUCUGUGGAUGACACAGCCAGACCAGGCGGCCAUGUUGGAUCUCGACGCCAUGAUGUGAUAAUGAAAUUCUUCGGUACAAGUUACUUGCACAUCCCUAAAGAAAAGAAAAGAAAGUUGAAAUGAAAACCCCAAAACAACUCCCUGUUGGAUAUGACGUAUGUGUCUGAUAAAAAAAAAAUCAAGCUUUUGAGAUCACCAGGUUAUCAUUUUGAAAUCAGUGCUUUGGUACAGACGAGUGUACGGAUUCUGUGGCGGUUUGUGAUGGGUGUGCACAAAAACCAGAGCGAUGGACAGAACUGUGUGUAAUCUUUUCUUAUUUCCAAAAAAGCCUUAUUGUUAAUGUAACAUUAUGAAAACAUUACUGUUGUAUUAUGACGACUUAUUUUACAUUACAUAGUAGACUCUUUAUUUUCUUUUUUGUUUAUUUUCAUUUAGUUUUUUAACAGAGAUGUUGUAUCGCAUUUGUUUAAAUUAGCAAGAAAAGAAAAAAGCUUAUUUGUUCAUAUUACGUUAAAAGACAUUCUAUUUUUUCACUGUAGGAAUGUUAAGUAUAACAUGUCUGUGUGAACGUGUGCAUAUAUGUAUAUAUACUGCACACUCACACAUGCAUAUAUAUUUAAAUGCAGAAUAUAAAGAUAUAUCCAAACACUUAGUAUUAAUUACAUUUUCCUCCUCAUCAUCUUUUUUUAUACCAGUGCUCAAAUUAUGAAUUUUAUUAUUUUGUUUGUGUGUUUUUUGUAAUCUCAGCAACAUUGUGCGUUUGAUGAGGGAAAGGGGGGGGUGUCAGUUCUUUGCCUGAAUCCCCUGCCUCCACUCACCAUGUUUCACUUCUACCCCCGGGUAGAACCUGUGCCGAUGAGGAUAUGCCAUUUUUAAACCUUUUUGAGAUUCUUUAUUAUCAUUACCUUGUAGGCAUUAGUAUUUUUUUUUUUAAACUGUUGAACGAUACCUUGGUCUACGAAAUAUCAAAUCAAGCAAAAGUUUCAUAAUUCAACUUUUGUCAGCUAUAUCAGCCUGACUUGACGUACUGUACCUUGUAUGAUCAUGUACAGACUACGGCCCUCACAGAUUUUAAGUAAAUCCAUUUAUUUAAGUUCUUUCUCUGUUUUUACUUUCAUUAUUUUCCAACAUACUGGCUCAUUCAUUUUGUUAGAUAUCCACUAUGAACUAGAAUAUACCUGUAAAUAAACAAAUAUAUAGAUUAUAUGUAUUUGUAUCAUUUGACCCUCAAAAUAUCAAACUUUGAGUGGAAACGGAAUCACAAAGAUUGAGGUUCUGCUCAUAUACGACUUCCUGGUGUUUGUAAAGCCUGAAAUGUUCUUUCUCCAGCCCUGCUCCCUGGUCUUUAAUUACCACUCGCUUUAUUUCUGCCUUUAAUUUCCCAUUCAAGCAGUUAAACCGGGAAACAAGCCAGCUCCAGUUCUCACACCUAUAGCCUCAAUGAGGGCACGCAAUCAGCAUCAGUGACCUGCUGGUAUCAUUUAGCCGAGGAUGGGAAGUUAGUCCACUCGCUAGCCAUUUGAAAUGCUAAUUGACCAUCAAUUCAAGGUCCUGUUACAUUCUCAUUGUCAAUGUGGACAUAAACGUCCUCCUGCCCUGGCAUUAGCAAGGGUCUACUAGAGAUAAGAUGGACUUUUUCCUCUUUCCUUACAGCAACUGGAGAGGUUUUUAAAAUGAUUCUGUUUAAAUAAUUAGACCUCCAAAGACUCAAAGUCUAACAAAAAGGGAACACAAAGAUGUAGCUUCCACUAAUAAGAGAAACAGUGGACCCCCAAAGGUGUUUUUGCCUAAAAAUCCUCAGAAGGUUCCCAGCUGUCCAACUGCCUAAAAUGCCAAGGUGUUACCCAUGAAUAUUUCAUUGGCUGAUGGACGAAUGCAGCUGUGUUAAAGGCCAUACAUAGUUCAGUUGCAACAUGACAUGUUUUUUUCACCUUAGAUAAUUUUUAAGCAUUGUAUAGAACCAUAAUGUGUGUUUUUGUUCGGCCAUAUUUUGUUGUGGGAUGCAGAAAGAAACCAGGACUCAGUGAAACAGAGCAGUGCGAUGCAACUAAGGGAAGACCAAGACAACCAAAAACUUGCUGCAAAUUCUGAUUUCCAGCACGUCACUUCUGAACAGUGGGAACCUUGAGAUGUUUCAUAAUGAACUAAAAACCUGAAGUGAAGUCUUUUUGGAACCCUAAAGGACUGGUUCAAAUGGCCCAAAUGCCAAAACUGAAACCGUGGACCGGAAAUCUUUGGAAGCUUGUGCAAUGUGUUACUCUUUUGACUUCAUGUAAAGAUGCUAGACUUUUGAAAACCGACGCCAAAUUUACUGGAAUAUGUCACCGAAUAUUUGGGGGAGGGGAGGGGACUAACAAAAAAAAAAACUAACAAAAAAUGACUUCAAAAAGAAUAGAACAUAUACAGUACAAACCGAAAAAUGAAAAAUAACCCAAAUUCAGCUAAAUAGUUUUUCCUUUCUAUGAGGGCCAAGAGCUAUCACUUUCAAACUGUUACUUCUAACUGAAACAAUAAUUGGUUUAAAGCCACUGUGUAUGUAGAUAUGUUGACUUUGUAUUAAAGAAAUGUUGUCUGAAAACCA